UUAGUUGAGAAGUGAGGAAAGGAAAAAAAAGAAAUUUAGUAGACAGAACGGAGAUCGGGGGAAAGAUAGCGGUAAAAGUUCGGACUCUGGGUGAGCGAUAAGAAUGGGUCUCAGCGCUAUGACCACCUAGACACAGUCGAAAUCGACACACAAUUUUCUCACUAUUUUCUAAAAUAAUUCAAUCCGCUAGAAACUUCACACACAAUCAUCUCCAACCUCAACUCAUUUCUUCAAUCACCACCAAAAGUCGACAACCACACCAUCCACCAAAAUGGGUCGUCUUCACUCCAAGGGAAAGGGUAUCUCCUCCUCCGCGCUCCCCUACUCGCGCACGCCUCCCACAUGGCUCAAGACCACUCCCGCCCAGGUCGAGGAGCAAAUCUGCAGACUCGCCCGAAAGGGUGCCUCUCCCUCUCAGAUCGGUGUUGUCCUUCGUGACUCCCACGGUAUCUCUCAGGUCCGCGUUGUCACUGGUAACAAGAUCCUACGAAUCCUCAAGUCUAACGGCCUCGCCCCCGAGCUUCCUGAGGAUCUGUACAUGUUGAUCAAGAAGGCUGUCUCCGUCCGAAAGCACCUUGAGCGCAACCGCAAGGACAAGGACGCCAAGUUUCGCCUCAUUCUCAUCGAGUCGCGAAUCCACCGUCUCGCUCGUUACUACAAGACCGUCGGUGUCCUACCCCCGACCUGGAAGUACGAGAGCGCCACCGCCAGCACCAUCGUCGCAUAAGCAUUAGGCCUAAGGAGGGUUGUUUGCAUGGAAAUAUGCUUGGUCUGGUCAUGGAGUUCAUGGAAGAAAAACGGAAUUGCUUUUUCGAGCAGCCCACCACAACGAUGAAUUGCUCGGUGGUCAUUAUAGUCGCAUUAAGAUAGGCGAACAAUGAACAAUACGCAUGACGAAAGAUACCAAAUACCAAAAAUUCGUGAAAGUCA